AUGACCGUAUUUUUCGGUUUACCUAAUCGAGGGGGUGUAUGCGCAAGAGCUCGUGUGAGUUUGUGCCUUAUCGUGCUUUUGGGGGGGCCUUUAGGCGUAUCUUCUGAUGUGUGGCUUGAACCGGACUGGAUUGAGGGCACUUCAUCUUCUCGGCGUUCUGUCGGUUCCUUUCCCGGUUCUCAUUCGAGUUUUAUUGGGAACUUUGAGGAGGUAGGAGACGAGGAAGGGUCAAGAAGAGAAGAUAAGCAGAGUUUCGUGGGCAAACACUUCGAUGAUGAGGAUUCUGGGCUUGAAAAGAAGCAUCACAACUACAGAAGCUCCACUACCACCGCCACCCCAACUUCCUGGAGAACUUCUCACGAAGGUUCGCCCCGCACCCCGUCGCCCUUCUCCCUGUGGGACGGACCCGACCUCUUAUUGCCUGAAGAAGUGUGGCUCAGUGACGUCUUCACGACAACAACCACAACUACCACAACGACAACGACGACGACGACGACCACCACCACUACCGAAGGCAUCCCCCUCGAUCCAACAUACCCUACGGAAAUCGUCGAGGUCGAGGAGCCGAGUGAUGCGGACCGCCAGCGGUGCAGGAUGACACUGUCAGUCUCCGAAAUAUCCAAUGGGGAUACUUCUUAUCUGUUUCGGGGCAACUGGGGUGUCUUUAUUGAGAAUGCAAAAACGGUACUUGUUCAGGCUCUCUCAGAGAAAGUGGAGCGGCCGCCCAGUUGGUUUGGCAGUCGUCUUUGGCGCUUUUUCCGGAAUAUGCUGUACCCACCUGUCGAAUUUUACAUAUUUCGUUUGCCUCUUCCAGAUAGGUGCAUUUACCGCCCGAGUGACCCGGUGUCGGGGUCUGCUGCGGUGGAGGAGCCCGAUAAGGUGACGCAGAUUGUUGUGCAGCUGACUCCCAAUGCGAGUGCAACUUUCAGGCCAUCUCUGUCGCCGGCGCCCAUUACGCCUCUCUUCGCUUCUUUUGGGUUGGGGAAACUAAAACACCUGGGGCAGUGUUUAUUCGGUAUGGAGGUCAUUCGCCCUGUGGACCUUGAGGACCUCGUGUUCUCUGCCUCGGCCCUGACAGCUGUUGUCGAGGCACGAGACCCCAACGGGGGCCCCAAUUUGCACCUCGAGACACUGCACAUCCCGUGCAUCUGCAGCCCACAGAGACUCAGCCUCAUCACCUGGUGGGCAGGGACGGGGCCACUCGGCGCCCCAUACGUCUUGUUUUAUGUUGGCUAUGACGGGGUGGGGCCCCACAGGGCUCCCGACCAUGCCUGUCGAGACCAGCGAGUACACAAAGUUCCUCUCGAGGACCUCGAUGGACCUGUCAACUACCUAGAAACGCCUUUCUUUAAAAAGGUGCAAUGA